AUGAAUACUUAAGAAAACAUUCUCCAAGGUAUGAAUUUAUUUAAAAAAACUAAGCCAUAAACUUAAAAAAAGAGAAAAGGUAUGAUGAAGCCAUUUAGGUUCUAUCUAAGUGUGAUCAGAAUGACUCAGAAGUGCUUUAUCAUAUUGGAGACAUCUAUUUAAUAUUUAAGUAUCCAAACGAAGCUCUGUAAUGCUUUGAAAAUUCACUCAUCAAAAACCCCCUUUCAGCUGUGACCAUCAAGGAUAUGGGAAGAGCCUUCAUGUUAAAAAAAGAAUACACCAAAGCUGUAAACUGCUUCCUAAAAGCAUACAAAAUAGAUUAAUAAUAAUUAGACAUAUUUAAAUUGAUCAGUAUCGUUAUACUUAUUUUUGUUAAGCCAUGUGUUACAUGGAGAAUGGCGAAUAUGAUAAAGCCUUUGUUUAUGCCAAUUAAUAAUUAGCUCGCUUUCCAAAAGAUCCAGAUUCCUAUUGUUUGAGAGGUGUUUAUAUAAAUAUAUUCAUAGGGAAAUACUAUUUAAAUACGUGCAAAUAUGAAUAAUCAAUAGACAGUCUCAAUAUAUGUCUGAAAUUGAGACCAAAAAAUGCAUAUGCCUUAGGAACUAAAGGUUUCAGAAUUUGUUAUUAUUUCCUUAGGAUAAGCAUUUAUGAUGCUUGGCAAAAUGCACGAAGGACAUCAAUGUCUUAAUGAAGCAAUCCAGAUAAAUCCAAACAUAGCAGAAUUACAUGUUGAUAUUGGAUUGCUUUUUGAAGGGAUGAGUAACAUUUACCUCGCCAUUUUAUCGUAUGAUCAAGCUCUAUAGAUCCAGCAUGACAAUCCAAUAUCGAUUUAAAGAUUAUGUAUAAAUAUUGAUAUUUCGAGACAAUCUGAAAUUGCAUCAGUAUUAAAAAUUAGACAACAAUAAAUCACCAAAAACAAAAUUGACCUAAAAUUACAAUGAAAUAAUCGCUAAGAUUCCCUAGUCUCAGUAAUAUUAUAUUGCCUUAUUUUAUACCAUAUCUAAUUUCUUGCAGGGUUAUUUAAAUGUGACUGAUAUGACCAAAUUGAAUUAUUAGAAGCAAAUUGGUUAUAUUAAGAAUCUAAUAGACAUCAAUCAUCAGUUGGGAGUGUUAUGCUCUCCGAUAUCUUCAUUCUUUAGAGGGAUUGAGUGCUAUCUAGGUAAAACUAACACUGAAAUUCAACAGUAUAUUUCUGAAUGGAUAAGCUAGAAAUACCUAAAAACCUUUAAUCUUAAAGAUUUGAAUGUCGUUCUAUCAAAUAUUGUGGGAGAGGUCGUCAUUCACAAACAUUCUCAGUGCCUAUUUAACCAAGAAAAUAACAAUCUGAAGGUUGAUCAUUUAUUGCCUAUAAUUCAAAAUAGUGAAAAUUAACUAUUCAAUAAUUAUUUAGCAAUAUAAGGAUUGCAUGAUGGUGUAAAUAUGAUUCAAAGAAUGUUAAUAUUUUGUACUCCAUUUUUGAAAACGUGGGAUGCUGAUUUUAAAUCUAUUCUAAUCAAUAUUUUAUGUUAUGAUGAGUGA